AUGGCUCCUCCCUCGCCGCCUCCCUUCUUCCUGUUGGCCCGCCGUGUCGCUACCUACCCGCCAGGCCACGGUAUUCCCCAGGGCCAUCCACUCACCUCUGAAUCCAAGAUCGCGUUCGGGUUCGAAGAUCAAGACGAGGCCGAUUCGAUGGUGCGGACCAUGGAGCUACGAUCACAUCUUCCCGAUACAGAUCUGGCCUCUGUCACCCUCCACGGCGGCCACAACUACUCCUCCGUCAAUGCAGCCGACAAUGACCUGAUUCUCAUCGCAUCUGCCUGUCCUGAUGUUUAUCCCCCGGAUAUCCUUCUCAUCUACGACGCCAUCGACAGCUCGCUCCGCGUGAUCCCCUCCAGCCCCUACUCUCACCCUCCUAUCAGUACCAAUCUUAUUCUCGUCGCGCGCCGCGACGAUGACGAAGACGACAGGUCAUACGCCCUCGUCUCCCCGGGUACCGUUCGACAGCAGCACGUUCUCUUUCUGUUUCUGUCCACAUCCAACUCCGCCUCGCCGUGGCACCCAAAGAAGGCUAGUUUCCCCGACCAUUGGCUCCCCGAUGAUGGUGUGUUCGAGGCCCGAGAAGUGUUCUCGUUUCGCGGCCGUGGUUACUGGGUGGAUCUCCUCUGCGGCGUCCUGUACUGUGACUGCAGCCAAGUACUCUCCGAUGACAUUGAUUGCGUGGACAUCCGCUCCCUCGACCUUCCUCCGGGGUGCAAGAUGUGCUCGGGCGGCGACAGAGACGAAAUAGCACGGGUGAAAGCCUUCCGAGCCAUGGGACCUGUUGGAGACUCGAUCAAGUUCGUCUCCAUCGACGGCUACCUUGAGCACGCUGAUCUCAACGACUGCAAGGUGAGGCUCUGGACGCUCAUGGCAGAUACUACGAGUUGGGCUCUGGAAUACGAGCUCAAGUUUGUGAGCCUGUCGGAGUUCAAAGGGGAUUAUGUGCCACCGGAGAUGGCACCGAUGUACCCCUUCCUUAGCACACACGAAGACAAUGUCAUCUACUUUGCACUGGGCAACGUAAAGCCUGGACGGAAGACCUUCUCUCCGGACAAGCCAUGCUGUAUGCUCCGUGUAGAUUUGCACAGAAAGAUUGUCAAGGUCAAGAAGAUCCCAGUAUUGCAAAGCAUGACCGUGGCCAGUUAUCUAGCUGUCUCCGGCAAUGUUGCGCACAAGCUGCUCGCUGGAAGUUGCCAACUAUCUCAUGUUGAAGAUCUGAAUCCAUGUCCUGCUGAUUACACUGCUUCCUGCUACUAAAUGCUUUCUUUCAUCUCAACUAUGCUGUUCAUAUUCCAAAUUAUCGUAUUUAGGAUUUAAGAUGCAACAACAUAGCCAAAUAAAAUAGUUGGAUUGGAUUUCUGGUAAUUAUCUUAGCAGAUCUCGUGAAAGCACAAGUGUUUUCAUAUUAUAUGAAUGAAGAGUACUCUCCCCCAUUUGUGAUAUGCUCAA